AUGGAAAACCUUGCACUUAUAUUCAGCAAAAACCCUAGAAGAAGAAGCUCUAGGCAUUCCACAAGGUACCUAGGAGUACGCCGGAGGCCGUGGGGCCGAUACGCGGCAGAGAUCCGGAAUCCACACACCAAAGAGAGACACUGGCUGGGCUCAUUUGACACUGCCGAGGAAGCAGCAUUGGCCUAUGAUCUUUCAUCCAUCUCUUUUAGUGGUGUUGUAAAAGCUCGAACCAACUUUCAGUACCCAUUUUUAGCCUUUUCAUCCCCUUUGUCACCAACACCGCCGCCACCGCUGCCGCCACCAACCGCUGAGUUAGAAGAGGCCGACCAAUGUGACAUGGAGAUGAGUUCUUCCAGGGAAGAUGAUGAGUCUCUUUAUAUUGCUUCCAUCUUACAGAGCUUCAGUUUUCCGAUUUUCAACAAAGCUACGUCAGAGCCUAUGGCAUCAGGAGCAGAUGAAAGAACGAAUGACUAUUCUGUCCAUAUCCAUGACUUGGAUUAUUGGAUAGAGAAGUAUAUUGUUAUUAUGGGAUGA